AUGGCCAGCAACCUGUCCUUCGUCCUUAACAAGCCCGGCGACGUCACCUUCGAGGAGCGCCCCAAGCCCACCCUCGAGGAUCCCCACGAUGUCAUCGUCGCCAUCAACUACACUGGUAUCUGUGGCUCCGACGUCCACUACUGGGUCCAUGGCUCCAUUGGCAAGUUUGUCGUCACAGAUCCCAUGGUCCUGGGCCACGAGUCGGCCGGUACCAUCGUCGAGGUCGGCGAGAAGGUGAAGACCCUCAAGGUCGGCGACCGCGUCGCCCUCGAGCCCGGAUACCCUUGCCGUCGCUGCGCCAACUGCCUCGCUGGCAAGUACAACCUCUGCCCCGACAUGGUCUUUGCCGCCACCCCUCCCUACCACGGCACCCUCACCGGCUACUGGCGCGCCCCGGCCGACUUCUGCUUCAAGCUGCCCGAGAACGUCUCCCAGCAGGAGGGUGCCCUGAUUGAGCCCCUCGCCGUCGGUGUCCACAUCGUCAAGCAGGCCAAUGUCAAGCCCGGUGACUCUGUUGUCGUCAUGGGUGCUGGCCCCGUCGGUCUCCUCUGCGCCGCUGUCGCCCGCGCCUACGGUGCCUCCAAGAUUGUCAGCGUCGACAUUGUCCAGUCCAAGCUCGACUUUGCCAAGGACUUUGCUGCUACCCACAUCUACGCCUCGCAGCGCAUCUCCCCCGAGGAGAACGCCAAGAACAUCCUCGAGCUCGCCGACCUCCCUGAGGGUGCCGACGUUGUCAUUGACGCCAGCGGUGCCGAGCCCUCGAUCCAGGCCAGUAUCCACGUCCUCAAGGUCGGUGGCAGCUACGUGCAGGGCGGCAUGGGCAAGUCUGACAUUACCUUCCCCAUCAUGGCCAUGUGCAUCAAGGAGGCCACCGUCAGCGGUUCGUUCCGAUACGGCCCCGGCGACUACCCUCUGGCCAUCGAGCUGGUUGCCACUGGCAAGGUCGACGUCAAGAAGCUCGUGACGGGCAUUGUCGACUUCCAGCAGGCUGAGGAGGCCUUCAAGAAGGUCAAGGAGGGUGAGGCGAUCAAGGUGCUGAUCAAGGGCCCCAACGAGGAAUAA